AUGGAAGUGGCAAGAGUCUUAUGCAAUAGCCAACAUUCAACAAUAAACGUUGUAACAGGUCAGUAUUCCAGCAUGCGUCUGGCUGGCUGCCAUAGUAUACAAUGUAAUAAGUUGAAGCUCAUGUUUGAAAUGAAUGUAAAUGGUGUGUUCCGUCCCGUCAAUCAAACAUUUUUGUUAACUUCUAUUUAUGUGUUACUCAUAUCUAAUCUAAAUGAAAGGGAAAGUAAAAUAUUCAAAGGAGAAGAAUCAUGUUAA